UUUUGGGGGAGGUCGUAACAGGUUUACCUAGACACGGUUCGCUACACUAUAAUAAUGUAAAAUUCAUAACUCAAGUCAUACGUAGAAGUAUCCGCUGCCGCAAGACUGGUCUUUCUGUUAGGCCUAUCUCUCUAUAGCCUACUAUCCUAUUUUAUCUCUUUUGUCGCUUCCCACAACGAUGCUACUGAGGGUUGUGGAGCAACAGUCCAGUGUGCUGUUAUGUGCACACCGCGUAGGCUUUUCUCCCAGUGUCGACUUGGGUCUACCGAAUGUAGCCUAAUGAAAUUCACGGGAAGCCCUCAGAUCAAAGCGUUGAAGAUGACCAAUUUCAUGCAAUGAUUUUUAACAUUUGUUGAAUAAAUAGGCUUAUAUAGUUGAUUUAAUUCAUUUCCAUGUUACCAAUAUGUUGCUGUUUUUAGAAUAGACUGUUCACCGUCGUCUCAUUUUCACUUUAGCGACGCAACAUCCUCUGAAUUUUCCACAACUCUACGCGAUUACGCGCGUAGCCAAGAGGACGGUAGAGAUUUGCAUCACAGGUGCUCGUGGACCUUUGUGCGUAAUUUUGGACCACUUUGCAUGUUCAGUGUAUAAGCGAAUUCAUUUAAUACAUCAAAGGGGAAAACACCAGAACAGUCCUACAGCAAGAAUGGUUCUGCACCUCUAACGUUCGGUUGAUUGUAAUUGGGGCAUGCGUUUUAUUGUUUAUCCAUAGCGGACUGUCGGAGUUUCGAUAAACCUAGAUGCAAAAAACAAAACAUAGCAAAUAAUUGGAAAUAACACGAGGCACUGCUUGAUUAUGAGGGUAUCCAUAAUCUGAAAAGCAUUUUUAUUUGUAAUUUUAAGGAAGGAAAUAUUACAGGCUUGAAUAACGCUUCUGUCCUGCACAAUAGAAGACAACAUUUAGUGUAUAUCCCAUGUUCAUUCUGCUGGGGUUUUCUGAGACUGCUCCGGCUGUAUACUUUUGCAAAGCUCAUCAGCAUCAACAUCUUCAGCUACUUCAAACACAUCACGCCACAAGAGGAGGGAGCCUAGCUGCUUUUGGCAUUUUAAAAAGACGCUGAUCAAAGAAGAAGUCAAAACUGCAGUGAAGAAAACACCUUCAGUAAGACAGUGAGUUUCUUGAGUGAACCAGAAGACUCCACCGGACCUGUGCCCUGGAAACAACACCAUUUGACUGAGAACUAUCAGAGUGACUGCUGACCUCACAGCUGUAAUUGUUGUUUUAAAAAAGAAAAAMAAAUGUGUGGGCAUCUCUGGUGACCUGCUGGGUAGCAGUGGUCUUCUUGUGCUGUAGUAGGAGUGGAUGAACCACGAUUACCAUAGUGGGACAAUGGCACGGCCAGGCUCUGGGGUGCUGGUGUCGGUCAACGGGCUGGGGUACCCCCCUCAGAACCUGGCCCGGGUGGUGGUGUGGGAGUGGCUGAAUGAACAUGGGCGCUGGCGGCCCUACAACGUGACAACUUGCCACCACAUAGAGAACGUACUGAAGGGGGAUACGCGGGGGACUGUGGUCCUUGGACAGGUGGAUGCCCAGCUUGCCCCUUACGUCAUAGACCUGCAGUCCAUGCACCAGUUCAGACAGGACACAGGCACCAUGAGGCCGGUCCACAGGAACUUCUAUGAGCCGUCGUCGGCCCCUGGGAAGGGUGUGGUGUGGGAAUGGGAGAACGACAGCGGCUCCUGGACGCCCUACGACAUGGAGAUCUGUGUGACCAUCCAGAACGCCUAUGAGAAGCAGCACCCCUGGCUGGACCUGACCUCUCUGGGCUUCUGCUACCUCAUUGACUUCAACAGCAUGGUCCAGACCAACCGGCAGAGCCAGAGGAAACGCCGCCUGCGCCGACGCAUGGACCUAGCCUACCCUCUCAUCAUGGGCUCCAUCCCCAAGUCCCAGUCUUGGCCCGUGGGAGCCAGCUCCGGCCAGCCCUGCUCCUGUCAGCAGUGCAUCCUGGUCAACAGCACGCGGGCUGCCUCCAACGCCAUCCUGGCCUCUCAGCACCGUAAGCUGUAUGGUGGGGCUACGGGGCCUUCGGGGGCUACAGGCACGCACACCUUCGCUGGAASCACCCUCUGGUCCCCCACAUCUAGUGCCGGGACCAAUAAUAUACAACAUAACAACAUAAGCGCAGGAGGAGGCCAAGCCAAAGCUGAACAGGUGCAGUCUCUCCUGUCUAGUGCCAACUUCCCAUGUUCCCCGGCGCUGCCGUCCCUUCCGCCUGCACAUGGCCACUCCCACGCCCACGCACACUCCCACGGUCACCAUGCCAUCAUCAAUGGGCAGAACAACCUGAACCGGCCGGGCACCCAGCGCAUUUCCAUGGGCACUGCCAGAGGAGCCAUCCCACCAGGGGUCCCUCCCCUUCCUGUUAAGAACCUUACUGUCUCUGGACCAGUUCACCCAGCAAUUGCAGGUAUGACAGGUAUCCUGAUGUGUGCGGCUGGCCUGCCUGUGUGUCUGACCAGGGCCCCUAAGCCCAUUCUGCACCCGCCGCCCAUAAACAAGAGUGACAUGAAGCCUGUGCCUGGGGUCAACGGCAUCCGCCGCAAGACCAAGAAGAAGCACCUCAGGAGAGGGAAAAACCCAGAGGAUGUGGUGCGGAGAUACACAGAGAAAGUGAAAGUAGCCCCUGAUGAGGACUGCACCAUCUGCAGGGAGAGGCUGGUGAUGUCAUCAGGCUACGAGGGUGUCAAGGGCAUAAAGCCAGAGGUGGUGGGCAAACUUGGCAAGUGUGGGCAUAUGUACCAUCUGCUGUGCCUGGUUGCCAUGUACAACAAUGGCAACAAGGAUGGCAGUCUUCAGUGCCCCACUUGUAAGGCUAUCUAUGGGGAGAAGACAGGCACACAGCCKCCUGGGAAGAUGGAGUACCAUGUCAUCCCCCACUGCCUGCCCGGCUACCCAGAGGCCAAGACCAUCCGCAUCGUCUAUGACAUUCCUGCUGGGCUACAGACCACAGAGCAUCCCAACCCAGGGAAGAAGUUCAGCGCUAGGGGGUUCCCCCGGCACUGCUACCUCCCAGACAAUAACAAAGGCAGGAGGGUCCUGAAGCUCCUGAUCAUGGCGUGGGACCGCCGCCUCAUCUUCACCAUCGGCACGUCCAGCACCACAGGAGAGUCAGACACAGUGGUGUGGAAUGAGAUCCACCACAAGACAGAGUUUGGCUCCAACCUGACGGGACACGGCUACCCAGACCCCAACUACCUGGACAACGUUCUGACAGAGCUGUCAGCCCAAGGGGUGGGACAGGACAACCUGAAGGACUGAGAGGGGGGGACAGAGAGGCCCCAGAGGACCACCUCCCAUAUCUAUAUCUGACAGGGCCUCUAAAUGAGGAGGCAACAUGCAGGCCAGAUAACCGUCUUUUGCUCCCCACACCCAAAACAG